UUAUCCUCUUUUAGGAUAGAAAAAAUUGACCCCUUUAUAAGGAGUUUACCACAUUGGGAACACACUCUGAACACAACCCCAUUCCUAUCGAAAACCCCUAACAAGAAAUGAAAGCAAAAAUAUGUAUUUCCAUUAGUUCAGCAAUCAAGUGGCGUUCAGAUGGCUUGCAAGCGAUAAUCCGUAAUCGAGCAUUAUGGCCCACUCGGACGACUAUAAACGGCCAAUCAGGGCAGAUUAAUCCACUGAGGAGACCAUAAAUCCACAUUCGGGUGGGUACGCUACGUCAGUGACAGAACGAGUGGAAUAUACUCAAGAUGCAAAUAAGUUCGGCUCUGGUUGGCCUCCUAUUCGUCGCUCUUCAGGUAAGAUGUUUCCUCUGCCUGGAUUUGGGCCAUGGCGCCCUAAUGGGGCGCAUCACUGGCGGAGAGGAGGCCCGCGAGAAUCAGUUUCCCUUUCAAGUGGGUCUCUCCAUAGAGGAGGUCAACGACUUGUUUAGUUGGUGCGGAGGUAGCUUGAUAUCGAACCAAUAUCUGUUGACUGCAGCGCACUGUGUGGAAAAAGCCAUCUCUAUCACGUUCUACUUGGGCGGAGUGCAGCGAUUGUCUCCCCGACAGCUAAUCCGUGCGAGCCAUCCCGUGGUACACCUUCAUCCUGGCUGGAACAGCCAAUCGCUGGACAAUGACAUUGCCCUGGUUCGCAUGCCAGAGGCUGCCGUCUUUAGCAGCUCCAUAGAAGUCAUCAGGCUGCCAGGAAUGGCCUCGAGUCAUGCCAACUACGACUACGUCCCGGCGACGACCUCUGGAUGGGGUCGCAUGAGCGAUGAGUCUGAUUUUAUUUCCGAUCAUCUGCGCUACGUCGUUCAGUUCGUGGAGUCGAAUGAGGACUGUCAGUAUUCCUACGCCAACGUCAAACCCACCAACAUCUGCAUGGACACAACCGGCGGCCGAUCGACCUGCACCGGAGACUCCGGAGGCCCCCUGAUUUACCAUGAUCCCCUGCAGAAUGCCGAUAUCCUGAUAGGUGUCACUUCCUAUGGCAAGAAGUCGGGCUGCACUAAGGGUUAUCCCUCGGUCUUCACACGCAUUACGGCCUACUUGGCCUGGAUAGCGGAGCUGAGUGGAGUUGUCUACCCGUAG